AUGGCCGAGGACUGGGUCAUCUGGCUCCGUCAGCUGAUCCAUCGAAUACCUCAUUUGGAUUAUCAGUUCAAGAGAGUGGACAAUGUGUUUGUUUUCGACAUCCAUGACACAUAUUUCAGUGUAAGUUUUAAUAUAAACUUUUAUGUUUCUUUCAGGCAUUAACUUUGUUUUGCCUGGCGGCUUUAAUCCUCGGUCUUUUGUUUCUAUUCAUCGUUGUCAUUGUUUGGAGCAUCUCAUGUUGUACUUCCAAAGCCGCCGGCAACUACUCGAGACAAUCAAUCCGACGCCUCACAUAUACUUUAUUCAUUAUGAACAUCAUUUGUUUGUAAGUCGUUUAAUUAUUUUGUUUAAUCUUGGUUUUAGUGCCCUUCUGGCCGCUUGUCUUUAUGGCAAUGAUCACAGUAAUCGAGCGAUGAUAUCCAAGGUAGUUCCACAACUACGGGAAGUUGACAAUAAUCUGGAUGUGAGCAAACAAAAAGUAAGCGGAUCUCACUUUAAAGAUGAAUAUUCUUUAUUUUAGUUGGAUCAAUUUGAUAAAGCCAAAGAUAAUGUAAGCAGAGAUGCAUCUCAGUUGAAGUCAUUGAUCGACGAGGAAGAAAAAAAACCUGGAGUUAAUAAAACCAAAGUUUUGGAGACAAACGCGGCCUUAGAUAGGAUAGUCAACCUUUGGAAGGACCUCCAGCAAACCGUCGAGGGAACCAAAAAAGUAUUGUACGGCCUCAAGAAUCUUAAAGAUGCCGAAAAGAAAAUUGAUCGUAUGGAAUUCGAGCGGUAUGUAGUCUUGGUUCUUACAAUUUUUAUUUAUUCAAAAUACAUACUUACCGUAGUAUCUUAGAUGGAUUAUGGUGGUGACUCUCCUCUCUAUCAUGUUCGUCGUCCUCUUUGCUGGUGUUUUGGCCAUCUGCAAGAACAGUAGAACUGGAGUUGUCGCUUUCAGUGGGCUUGGAAUUGUCGUAUUCUUCUUGGCCUGGGUUAUUUUCUCGCUGGCCGCACCUUUAACAAUCGUAAGUCAUGCUCUUGAGACCGCUUAUUCUUCAGGCUUAUGCUGACUUCUGCGAAACUGGCCGUUCCUUCGUCUCAAAUUACCUUCCCGAUGGGGUUUACAAUGUCCUCAGUUAUUAUGAAAAGUGUGUGGAUGGAGGGCUGUACACUCAGAACAUUAAUGACCUUAAUAUCGACAAAAUCGAUACCCUCUUGACCGAGAUCAAGGCCCAGGACAGCCAACUCGAGAGUGCCAGCAUCGCCUUGUUUGGAGAUAACAAGCUCGUUGCGACAGUCAUCAAAGACAUCGCCGCUACCACCGACAAUGGCCUCAAGAACAUCGGGACUGUGGCCACGCUCAGUUCGUGCACUUCCAAUCACAACAGAGUUCAUCAGAUUAUUCAUGGGUUCUGCAGGGACGGAUUGUAAGUUUAAUUAGAAGUAACGAUAACUUAACUACUUUCAGUUUGGGAAAUCUGAUCUUCUUGGUGGGAAUCUUUGUCUUUGGAAUAUUCAUGGGAUUCCUUCUGAUGGUUGCUUCCAGAAGUUGGUUUGCCUUUGAGCGAAAGUAAGUUUGGCUUUCAUGAGAUUACUCUACUUUUUAGAUCUACUGAUUACACUGAGGUCAGUGAUGAGGAUCCUUUCUAUCCUCGAGCUGCCGAAAAUUCUGUCUCAGCCGACAUUUACGGUACUCAUCUCGGAAAUCCCCGCUUCCGAUACGGCGGCAAUUCAACGUAAGCUCGCUUUUUGUUAUCUAUACUCAUUUAGUGACAAUAACACCGAAUCCACUGGAACCAACAGCGGGGGUCAAGCGAUUGGAGAACAACACACGCCUCUUCUCGACCAUUCCACCUGGAGACAACACAAUGAUGUGAAUCCAUCGAGUCGGUACUGCUAG